AUGGACCGACACACGGGCCCCGUCGAGGCAGGGUCAGAAGUCGAAGAAUUCGCCAACGCGCUCGACGAAUGCCUAUCACCAUACCUCGCGCCAUCAGAGAAGAAAGAACGAUUACUUGAUCUUCCACGACGAUACUACGAAAAUUCUCUCCGGCGACUAGCGAAAAGCAGGCCAAAACGCGUCGGCGGUAGCCACGAUGACGCCGACAUGGACAUCGACGAGGCCGACGAAGCUGGCUUUGCUCUCAGUGCCGAAGAGAUAAAGCGCAUAGAGGGAGAGGUUCAGACGUGGGAUCUCAUUCGACGCCUGGUGCCUCUCCGACAUGCUGCCGCAAGAGCAAACCCCUUUGAUGAAGGACAACGUAACCACGACUCGGGAGACUUGUUGCAAGACUUUUUGCGAUGUAACCCAGUCGCGCAAGAGCGCCAUGCUGUUCUGCAAUGGCUGCAGACGAAUGCCGCCGGCGGCGUAGACAUCGAUACCAUGGUAGAGGACCUGCAAAGGAAUGCCGACCGGGGAGAUGUCAUCGCCCAUGGCUGGCUACACACUCGAUCCAAGAUCAAGCUGCGGAAGAGCAUGACUGGCUGGCCGCACCUUCUCGAACGCCAAACACCCAGCAUCGCUGAAUCGCACCUAAACUCGGAUGGCGCGCCUCUCGUCACAAAUCUUGACCCCGAUGCUGUGACUCGCCAAGACCGAAAGUUGGAACCCCAGGACGAGUACUUUGAACGCGCAAUUUGGCUAGGCUGCUUCGAACACCUACGACGAGGAAGCGCCUUGGAGGAGAUCCGUGAUUGGUGCCAGGAACGGACAGAAAUGUGGCGAGCUAUCUCCAUGUCUGCCGUUCUCUUCACCUGGGAUGCGAAACCGGAGAAAGUUGACGCAGCCCCGGAAUCUCUAGCGCUGUGGCGUCGCAUGUGCUAUGCCCUCGCCCGCAACCGUGGUUCUGACGAGCACGAGCGUGCCGUCUACGGCAUUCUCUCCGGUGACAUCAGCAGUGUCGAAAGUGUGGCCAAGAAAUGGGACGACUAUCUUUUUGCGCACUACAAUGCGUUGCUACGAACCCAGUUGGACAACUUCAUUCUCGGCAAGUGCCCGCCAGAUAUGGCCUCCAACCUAACACAGUCCUUCUCGGUGUUUGAUGCCUUGCAGUUCCACGGAAAUGAAGCGGUCGAGAAGAGACUGAUGAGGUUACUGGAAUUAAAGCCUGCCAUCAAGGACGAGGCCCAGCAGCCCAUCAAGGCCCUCCAGGCAUCCUUCAUCGCGAACGAUACGGCUCACCACUUGUUCGAGCAGGGUCUGCUGAUUGAGCUGAGCAACCCCACGAGAAGUUUUGCAGCAGCCAUGGUUGGCGAUGAGCUCGCCGAGCAUAAAUACUUUCCUCUGGAGCAGAAUGAUGGUCUUCGAAUUGUCACACAUGUCUAUAUCCUUCAAUUCCUUCUUGAGCAACAAGAUGCCGAGGAUCAUCUGCAAACAGAGAAACAGCCGCAAAAUUGGCGCUUCACGCAAGAGUGCAUUAUCGGAGCUUACGCUGAGUAUCUGCGUCGGGCUAGCCUGCAAGAGCUUAUCCCUCUUUACUGCUCCAUUGUGGAAGCCCCUCGAUCCUACAAAAUGCUCUCAAAGAGUCUUAUUCACGAGGACGAGCACAACCAGCGCCUAAUACAGCUCAAGCUCGUCAAGAAGGCUGGUAUCGACGUUCUACAAUUUGUCGAGGAGCAAGCCAAUCUCAUGUAUUAUGAACUCACCAUCGACGCCGAGCUGGUACACCGGCCGCCACCUGAGAUUCACUUUAGAAUUGUUGACCCGAGCCGCCCGACACUACGCCAAGGGCGCGCGAUUAAGCCCGAUUUCUUUGGCGAAGAAGAGGACGCCAUCGAUAUCAAGGACGAGCACCUCAUCCGGUCCAUCGAAUGGUUGGCCCUCGUUCACGAGAAGUGGCCCAAGGUCUUUUCCAUGGGCACGAAAGCCUAUAAAUAUUUCCUGACACACAUGCAUCUCAACGCUGCGAGAGAGCUUAUGAAGCGCGUCCCGUUUGGCGACAUGGUCCGCCGGAUAAUGGAACAGGACGAGUCGGAGGCGCCGCAUAUUGACGAUAUCCGAUUCUGGGAGGACCAGCUGGAAAGAAGCAGCAUUAUUGACGAGAAGCCAGAGCAGGUCAUGUCCGAUGCCCGCAACUUUCGCGACCUAGAGGCUAUUGUUGUAGCGCUAGACAGCCUGGAGACGAUAGCAUCGUUGGUCAUUCUCUCAGCAGAGAUGCCUACCACAAACCGCAAAUUCUGGGGUGGUGUUGGCGAUGGCAUUAAAGCGGCGAAAGAAAACAUGCAACCACUUUUGAAGGGCUGGCUCGUUGCUAGCAUCGCAGGUGAGAACUCUACCUUGUUGGAGGGGGUAACUAUGUGGACUGACGAUUCAACAGAAGGCGACGAGGAACUGAGGAAAAUCCGCCGCGAGUAUCUCCCCGAAACGAUUCUUGCCUACGUCAGCGCGCUGCACUUUGCGGGUACAGGCCUCUCCCGCGACAACCUGCUGGAGAGCAUGGAGCUGGCGACGGUGGUAGCCGAGCGCAGUUCCGACCUGACGUCGGUCUUUUCGGCGACGAAGCGCAUGACGGAGCUGGUCGAGGCGCUGGCGGCGUGCAGCAAAGCGCUGGCCGUUGCCACGAGCGAGAAGCGGACCACCAGCGUCGGCAGCAAGAAACUGCGGGAGAUGGGGUGGUCGCGGGACAUUUGGUCGGUCAAGUCGUAG